UGCACCUGCCUUUAGGGCGACACACAAACUUGGGUUGGACUUUUUGUGUUUCAUAAUGUGCCAAUAAUUUUGUACUUUUUUCUUUGUGAAUAUUAGCUGAUCAGCCACAAUGAAGAAGGGCACGCUUAAUUUUCUGGGUCGAAAGAACCAGUCACUUUUCGACACCAACGUGAAAAUGAAGGAUAUGGAUAAUGUGGAUUUGGUGUUAGGUUCAGGUACCAUUCUUGAAUCUGGUACAGCCAGUGUGAGAGCCCGGCCCACAGUCAAACACUAUUCUCCGUCAUCUGACAGUUUCCAAGCAUAUGCUGUCCCUACACCCACUGUGCCCCACUAUGCCCCUGCAAUCAAUGGUACAAAGAUCAAUGGAUCAGUGAGUGACGACCAGAUCUCUAAUGGGUCGACUAUUUCUGUGACUGACCCAAUUGAGGGUGAGAUCUUCGUCCCAGCCCCUCCCUCCAUGGCCCCGCCUCCUCCCCCUGCUGAGGUCUUUGUGCUCCCCCCUCCAGAGUUCAUGGGCGAUCUCAGCACUCUGCAGCCCCCUGUGAUGCCUGCUUCAAAACCACCAUCACAGUUUCUCUCUUUGCAAGAAGACGAUUUCAACUUUUUGACCCCUCCACCCAUGUCCCCACCAAAGCCUCCAUCUACAGGAUCAAAUGGUUUAUCUGUGCCUGUUUCCAGUCCAGUAGCAACCGACAUUCCUGAGCAUCCAAAAUAUGCGCCACCACAACCACCUGUAGAAAAAACAAGAAUCUUUAAGAAUCCACCCCCAAAGCCUAUUCGGAUAUCGUCUGUACAAACUCUAGACACUCCCCCGGACACCCCCGCCCCGCCUCCCCCAGUGCACACCCCUACACUGUCCUCUUUCAAUCCUCAGUCCCCUGCAAAGCUCUACAAUGCUCCCAAUUCAUCAUUUGUGAACGGUUAUGAAGAAUCAGGUCCAAAAAUCCAACCUAAAUUACUUUUUGAAGACGCAGGAGCUGGACCAGUCCAAAUGGUACCACCUAAAUCACUCCAAACAUGA